CCAAUCAGAGAUCGUGUUGCUCGCCGAUCUGGCAGUAUCAACAUGGCAGCUUUCUGAGUUUUGGUGGAGGGAACCUGGUGUAAAUAAACACAAAAUUCACGUUUUACAGAUAACGACAGCGUUCGGGCGUUUCUGUUUAGGGGCGGUUGGAGCGCAGAGGGAAAAUGUCGAGUGACGGAAACAAAAAACAGUUCUGGAAACGAAACGCAGCGAAGGUUCCUGGCAGCAUUCAACAUGUGUAUGGCGCACAGCAUCCACCUUUUGACCCACUUCUUCAUGCCAAUUUAAUUAAAGCAGGCAACAAGCCUCCUCCAGCCACACCUGGCAAGCCGAAGAAGGCUACUACGUUCCAGGAGUUUGAGAGUAUCACAAGUGAUGCCUGGGAUGUUGGAGAUGACGACGAUGAGCUGCUGGCCAUGGCUGCACAGAACCUCAACAUUGAGGUGGUCAUGGAAACGGCCAAUAAGGUUAUUGAGAAUCACAGCAAGCAGCAGGAGAGACAGAGAUUGGAUGACACAACAGAGCUGGAACACAGAGACGAGGAGGAGGUGGCGGAGGAUGAGGAGGAAGAUGAAGAAGACGAAGAGGACAGGGUGGAAGAGGGAGACGUGACCAGCCCAGAGUUGUCGUUUGCCUCUCAGAGCAGCCCUUACACUGAUAGUCGCUUAGUAAAGUCCCACAGUGAAGCUCCAAUUGGGUCACCUAAAGAUGCAGCAGGCGAGCACGCAGCCCUCCACAGACAGCGAUCUCUACCCCACCGGCCACCCGUCAUUCCGCUGGUGGCUCGCAUGGCCGACCAGAACACGUCUGGCACGCCGGCGAUGACUGAGAGGGAAGCGUCCCGGCUGGAUAAAUUCAAACAGUUGUUGGCUGGACCCAACACAGAUCUGGAGGAAUUACGGAAACUCAGCUGGUCUGGAAUCCCAAGACAAGUCCGACCAAUUACAUGGAAACUCCUCUCGGGUUACCUGCCAGCUAAUGCAGAAAGGAGAGAGAGCGUCCUACAGAGGAAGAGACAAGAGUAUUUUGGCUUCAUUCAGCAAUACUACGACUCCCGCAAUGAUGAGCAUCAUCAAGACACAUACCGACAGAUCCACAUAGACAUUCCUAGGAUGAAUCUAGAGUCUUUGGUGCCCCAGCCAAAGCUAACAGAGAUUCACAUUGACAUACCGAGAACUAAUCCCCUUAUUCCUCUCUUUCAACAAGCUUCUGUCCAAGAGAUUUUCGAGCGGAUCCUGUUCAUCUGGGCCAUCCGACACCCGGCCAGCGGCUACGUGCAGGGCAUCAACGACCUGGUCACGCCGUUCUUCGUCGUCUACGUCUUCGAGUACAUCGAGGAGGAAGUGGAAAACUUUGACGUGUCCAGUCUUCAGGAAGAGGCUCUGAGGAACAUCGAAGCUGACAGCUUCUGGUGCAUGAGCAAACUGCUGGAUGGCAUCCAGGACAACUAUACAUUUGCCCAGCCAGGCAUCCAGAGGAAAGUCAAGGCUCUGGAGGAGCUGGUCAGCAGGAUUGAUGAGUCCGUUCACCGCCACAUGCACCACUACGAGGUGGAGUAUCUGCAGUUCGCCUUCCGAUGGAUGAACAACCUCCUGAUGAGGGAGUUGCCGCUGCGCUGCACCAUCAGACUCUGGGACACCUACCAGGCUGAACCAGAGGGCUUCUCCCAUUUCCACCUCUACGUGUGUGCGGCCUUCCUCGUGAAGUGGAGGAAGGAGAUUUUAGAGGAGAGGGAUUUCCAGGGCCUCAUGAUCCUCCUGCAGAACCUUCCCACAAUGCACUGGGGCAACGAGGAAGUGAGCGUGCUGCUGGCCGAGGCCUACCGGUUGAAGUUCGCCUUCGCCGACGCGCCCAACCACUACAAGAGAUGAUGAGCGUGGCUCCGUGUUCCGCUCCCCCUCCUCUUCCCGCCUCCCCCUCUGCACCCCCCACCACACACACACACACACACACACACACACACACACACACACAGACACCUGCUGAACUUACUGUAGAGGCCUCUGUUUCUACACGGACGGAUCUGCCCUUUCCUCAACCUCCCCUUUGAGUCUUUCGGCUUCUAAGAGAUUUGAACCAACCAAUGACUGGGUUUGACGUGUGGAGUAGCAUUCAAACACCCUUUUUUUAAUUAUUAUCAUUGAUUCUUCUGCGAUGAGCUCUGCAAUGUGCAUUCCUGCAGUCAGGUGCAGAACUUCCUCCUCCUCCUUCUUCGGACUUCUUUUGGUGUUUGGUCAGGUCAAGGUGACGCCUCAGGCCUGAUGCAUGGCC